AUGUUCUCCUCGGCCUUUAAGUCCAUCUCUGCCACCAACAUCACAGGCAACUACUCCAUCUCUUCAGCACCGACUUCGACGGCUGGUCCUUGGAAGAUAUACGAUGCGAAGAAGAAGUCUACCGGCAAACCAUACAGUGUCUUUGUCUUUGAUCGGAAAUCCUUAGACAGCCAUGGUAGCUCGUUGGGCCGCUCUGGUGCAGUCUCGUUCAAGAAGACGGUUGAGGAAGUCGUCGAGCGAUUAAAGAAGGAAGCGUCGAGUCUCGCGAAGCUCAGACAUCCCAAUAUUCUCGAGUUGGUGGAACCAGUGGAGGAGACAAGAGGCGGAGGUUUACAGUUCGUGACAGAGUCUGUUACAGCUUCAUUGUCCAGUUUACUGCAGGAGAAAGAUGAACAGGAACGAGCUGGAGGCCCCGGGGGCAGAUCGAGUCGAUACGUAACAGAGGACGCAGAUGGGACAAAGAGACGAAGAGAGCUCGAGAUCGAUGAGUUGGAGAUCCAAAAGGGCUUGCUCCAAGUUAGCAAAGCUCUCGAGUUCUUACAUGAGAAUGCUGGUAUCGUCCAUGGCAACCUUACUCCAGACGCAUCCGAUUGGAAGAUCAGUGGACUAGCAUUUGCUAGUCCCCCUGAGGGGUCUGACAAGCCAACAUCUAUUCAAGGAAUUAACUUGUAUGAAGUUCUCAAUAUGGACCCCCGACUACCAAAGGCAGUGCAGCUCAACCUCGACUAUUCUUCACCCGACUUUGUAGUCGAUAACAACCUCAACUCUUCUGCAGACAUGUUCUCCCUAGGACUCAUGUCAGUCGCCCUAUACAACUCACCCCACAGGUCCCCUCUUGAAUGUCACGGCAGUUUAUCUACAUACAAGCGACUAUUUUCUUCAUCUUCUAGCGUUCCAUCCGCCAGUAAUAACUAUCUUUCAUCACGGCCCCUCCCUAGAGAACUUUCGCAUGAUGUUCUGCCUCGGCUCAUCACAAGACGGCCUGCUCAGCGAAUGACGGCACGCGAGUUUCAACAGAGCGAGUAUUUUGAUAACAUUCUGGUGUCGACGAUUCGAUUUCUUGAUUCAUUCCCCGCCAAGACUGCAAAUGAAAAGGCUUCUUUUAUGCGGGGACUUAACAAGGUGUUACCCUCGUUUCCCAAGUCUGUGAUGGAGAAGAAGAUUCUACCGGCAUUGAUAGAGGAGCUCAAAGAUCGAGAUCUUCUUUCACUGAUCCUGCAAAACGUCUUCAAGAUCCUCGAUCUCCUACCAUCUGCCAAGAGGGCGUUCAGUGAGAAGGUCCGCCCAGCAUUGAGAGAAAUCUUUGUAGUCAACGCCAAACAGACACAAGAGAAAGAUCCAGCCAGGGACGCCGGUCUCAUGGUUGUUCUUGAACAUAUAUCAUCCAUUUCCAGCAACUGCUCUGGGAAGGAAUUUAAAGACGACAUGCUCCCGGUCAUAAUGGCAGCAAUUGAGUGCCCAACACACUCAAUUGUUGAUGCUGCUCUACGUAGUCUGCCUGUCGUACUACCGGUUCUCGAUUUCAGCACAAUAAAGAAUGAGCUGUUCCCAGUCAUUGCCGCUGUUUUUAGCAAGACGAACAGCCUUGCUAUUAAAGUCCGUGGACUGCGAGCCUUUGUAAUACUUUGUGGCGGAAAGAACGAUAAUGGCGAAGAUGACGGGCUCAAUGGCCUGGAAAACAAGAAGACGUCAUCUUCAAGUGCCUUGGACAAGUACACUAUGCAGGAAAAGAUUGUCCCACUCAUUAGAGUGAUCAAGACGAAGGAACCUGCCGUUAUGAUGGCAGCCCUCAACGUACUAUGGGUGGUGGGCUCAGUAGCUGAUGCUGAAUUUGUUGCAAUGGAAAUUCUGCCCAUUCUCUGGAGCAUGAGUUUGGGUCCACUCCUCAACUUGAAGCAGUUCCAAGGUUUCAUGGAGCUCAUCAAGAGUUUGUCUCGAAGGGUUGAGGACGAGCAGACAAGAAAACUCCAAGAACUUGGCGGCCCUUCCAACGGCGCCGCUGCUCCAAGCGAAGAUUUCAUGGCCUUCGGUGGUGUUACUGGUACAAGCUUUGACCAGAACAAUGGAGCUACAGAAGACGAUUUCGAGAGUCUCGUCAAGGGACGCAUGGGUAGUCCUAGAUCGAGCACAGCAACCCCCAGUUGGGAUGACCCAGCCAAGUCAAAAUCGAGUACGCCCGCGCCCACAUUCUCAUGGUCGACCCCUCCUCCGCCUACGAAUAACCCUGCAUUAAAAGCUCCAGCCCAAAAGGCUCCGUCUUUUAGAACCGUAACACCGGAUCUCGGUCGUUUCGAGGCUCUCACACCGUCGUCUACUCAGUUCAGUCAUCCACUACAGCCUACCCAGACCCAACCCUUCCAACCUCCAGCUCAACUUCAGCAACAACCGAUGGCUCCACAGCAGCCUUUGACUGCUUCGACAUCCGGGUCAUCGAUCAAUUGGUCUGCUGCUGCCAAAGCUACACCCAGCCCAUGGGGAAGCUCCUCUGGGUUCGGUACUAGUGCGUCUACCGGCAACAUGGGCUCCUCGAUGGCAAACAUGUCUCUCAACUCAACAUCACGGCAACAGUCGUUUACACUUCCACCACCGCCAGGCAACACAUCUACCACGCCCUCUUCGUUCACAAUGCCCCCGCCACCAACAACAAACUGGAGUGGUAUGAGUUCGAUGAGCAACACAACGCAGAACACAACGCAGAACAAUACGGGGCAAAAGUCAGGAUUGGAUAAAUAUGAGAGUCUGAUUUAG